GUUUUCAUUACUAUGGUUAGACGAAGAACGUUUUAAUUCACUGCUGCUGCUGGGAUUUUGUGUUUGAUUUGAGUAAAAUGAGUAAUCUAACUUAAUAUUAGCCUGCAAUUUACGUGGAUAUGGCGUUACUGGAGACAAUGCUUUGAUAUUCGCGCCGUGGAUAAUGCCUUUGUGUCCUUUGCUGGACUUGUGAGAGAGCCUCAUGAAAAGGAUGCUGCUAAAGGUGCCUCAGAAGCUGCUGAAGACGGCCCACUACAUCGAGCUGGGCAGUUAUCAGCACUGGCCCGUACUCAUACCUCAGAGGAUACGACUGUACACGUAUGAACAAAUCCCUCCAUUCCUCAAGGAGAACCCCUACAUCACCGAUGGAUACCGGGCCCACCUGCCAUCCAAACUCUGCCUCAAGAGUAUUUUCAUCUUGUCCAAUGAGACGGUAAACAUCUGGAGUCACUUGCUGGGCUUCCUCCUCUUCUUCUCACUGGCAGUCAAUGACCUGUGCACUGUGCUGCCCUCCUCCGGAGCCAACAGGGAGGACUAUGUCAUCUAUGCCAUUGGAUUAUUCUGCUUCCAGGUGUGCAUGCUGUGCUCUGUGGGCUACCACCUGUUCUCCUGCCAUCGCUCGGAGAAAACCUGCCGCCGGUGGCUCUCGCUGGAUUAUGCUGGAAUUUCAGUGGGCAUCCUAGGCUGCUAUGUUCCUGGAAUUUUUUACGCAUUCUACUGUGACGCCUUUUGGCGGCAGGUGUACCUGAUGACCGUGCUGUCCCUGAUCCUGGCCGUGUUCUGUGCUCAGGUGCACCCUCACUAUCUCAGUAAUGACUGGAAGAGGAUCCGCAUGGCUAUCUUCUGCUGUGUGGCCGGGGUCAGCGUGGUGCCUGCCUGCCACUGGGUCUGCCUCACCGAUGGAUUAACUUCUGAUAUUGUACAGCUGUUCCUCCCUCGAGUGUUAAUCAUGUACCUGAUUGCUGCAUCAGCUUUCCUCUUUUACGUCACAAAGAUCCCUGAACGGUAUUUCCCAGGCCAGCUGAACUACCUGGGCGCGAGUCACCAGGUGUGGCACGUCCUGGUGGUCCUGAUGUUCUACUGGUGGCACCAGACAGCUGUGUACAUUAUGAGGUUCAGACACAGCCAGCCGUGCCCAUCCCAGAGAAGGAGCAGCUAAGUUAAGUCAACAUAUCACAUACACUACCAGUCAUAUGUCUAGACACUCCUUUUCAUGUAAUUCAUUGAUUAUGACCAUUUACAUGGUAGAUUCUUGCUGAAUGCAUCAAAGCUGUGAAUGAACACACAUGGAAUGUAGUAAGCGAAAUAAGUGUGGAAUAGCUCUAAGCAUUUUUUAAAUAUUUUAAAUUCUUCAAAAUAGCAUUUACCCUUUGCUUUGUUCACUGCUUGGCAUUCCACUAAUGAACCCUGACAAGGCUGAAGUGAGAACCAUUUCAGGAGACCUCAUUAUGAAGCUCAUUGAGAGAAGGCCAAGGGUUUAGAGCAUUUUCAACAAAGUAAAGGGUAACUACUUUGAGGACUUUUAAUAUAAAGCAUGUAUUAAACAUUUAGUUUUGUUUUUUUUCUACAACCUCAAUUCCAAUGAAGUUGGGAUGCUGUGUAAAAAAAAUACAGAAUACAAUGAUUUGCAAAUCCUUUUCAACCUAUAUUGAACUGAAUAAACUACAAAGACAUUUAAUGUUCAAACUGAAACUUUUGUUUUUAUGCAAAUAUUCACUCAUUUUCAAUUUGAUGCCUGCAACACGUUCCAAUAAAGCUGGGACAGAGCCAACAAAAGAAUGGGAAAGUUGAGGAAUGCUCUAACCUGUUUGGAACAUUCCACAGGUGACCGGGUUAAUUGAAACAAGCCUGGAACGUGUUGCAGACAUCAAAUUGAAAAUGAGUGUAUAUUUGCAUCAAAACAAAGUUUAUCAGUUUGAACAUUAAAUAUCAUGUCUUUGUAGUUUAUUCAGUUCAAUAUAGGUUGAAAAGGAUUUGCAAAUCAUUGUAUUCUGUAUUUUUUAUUUUUUUUUUAAGUUUUCCAACAAAGUUGGGACGCUGUGUAACUGGGGUUGUAUAUAACACUGAAGGUGUGUCCAAACCUUUGACUAAAAGUGUACAAGGCCAGCUGAUUGUGUAAAAUAACAUUGUUUUUAACUGGAGGCCAGUAAUAGCAUGAAAGUAUUGGCACAGAUUCAAGGUCAGUAUUUCUGAAACAAAUAUUACUCAGACUCUGAAAUACGAGCACUGAACAAAGUGGCAUCAACUUUAUAAACAAUGCAUGAAUCAAAAUAUUAAUGUCGAAUGCCUAAAUCUUGAUGUUUUAAUCUUUUAUUUGAUACUGUGUUUUUGUACAUAUCAAACAAUAUAUUUUCAAAAUGUGAAAAAAAAUCAGUUAUGUCUGGAAGUUUGAGCUGCAGGUACAAAUGACAAAAAACUGGCAUGAAACUGAUAACAAAGGUAUAGCACUAUAAGUUAUUGAAGAAUAUAUAGAGGCACUUACUGAAAAUAAAAUGGAAAUAUAGAACAUUUAGACAUGCAAUGGUGUAAAAAUUUAGCGGGUUUUGAAUCAAUUUAUAUAUUCAUAGGUUUCAGAGUGAUGAAAAACAGCACAAUUCACAUAUCAAUUAACAAUUCAAAAUAAAAUAUCUUUUUAAAUGGUUAAAAUCCUCAAAAUGCCGCCUUUACAUUCAUAAAACUGAAACCCAUGAAUCGAUUAAGAGUUAUUGAAGAAACACUUACUAGUAUCUGUCCAGAAAAUAAAACGAAUAUACAGCGUGCAAUUGAGUAAAACACAACCCAGCUAGUUAAUGGAAUUGGCAGUAAGGUUUUUAAUCAAUUUAAAUAUCCAUGGGUUUCAGAGUGAUGAAAAACAGCACAGGUAACAUCAAUUAACAAAUGUCGCCUUUACACAGGAAACUGAAACCCGUGAAUCCAAUCUGAGAAGACCAUCUACAUUCUCAUUGCAAUUAAUUAGCAACGUGAGGCAGCAGUUGACCUUCUAUACACGGAUUAUUACAAUUCAGAGAUUUAUAUUUGACUGUAUUUCAACUCGCUGUAGACAGAUGGCGCUUUAUUUAUUUUUGAAGGGAAAAUGAGCUACGCAAAUCUUUUUUUGUUCUUGAUGUCAGGGUCAUUGGGCUAAAUGUGCUGGUCAGACAUCAGGACAUCACUAAACAAUGAUUUCACUGUACGUUUUAUGCAUGUUCUCUGCCUUAUUUCAUAUGUUUGUACUGUGUAAAAAUAUACAAAGUAACUUAUUUGGAAUUACUGUUACACCACUUUUGAUGAGCCGAAAAUGAACAAUCAGGUGCUACAAGUAUAACCAUAUUUUGCCUUUUAUUUUGACGUGUGAAAAUGUAUAUAUUGGUUUGAUUAUCAUGAACUGCUUGGUCUGUUGGUGGAAAAAAAACUUUUCUUUUUUUUGUUUUGUUUUUGAUUGACUGGAGAAAUGCUGGCACAUGAAAUACUGAUAUGUCAGUGUAAGUAGUACAAGUAUAAUAUUUAUUGGAGUGCCUAUGUAAAAAUCUAUUUUUAAAUACCUGGGGAUGAAUAAACGAGAAUGCUGUACAUAAA